AUGAGCCAUUCAAUAAUCUACUUUGAUACAUCCAACCUUAAAUCGAUUUCUUCAAAUUUCGAAAGAAAAAUGUUGAACAAAAAAAGGGAAAUAAUCAAAUUGCACUUCUUAAAAUUAGGCUCCAAAAUUAAUGAAUUUUUUGACUUAAACUAUGUCACAAUCAUAAUAACAACAAGAGACUACCAAAAAAACUCAAUUUAUCCUAAAACUGAUAUCUUCCACCAUGCCUCAAAAAUGAAAGUUUGGAAUCUUGAAAAAUCAUUUAGAUUCUUGAAAAAUUUGAGUGAAAUUCCUUCAAAUUUUAAAUCUUUCUACGACUAUAUCACUUCAAAAUCUCAAAACUAUUUGAAAAAUUUACAAUUAUCUUCCUUAUUGAAAAAUGAAAAUCUCUUAACAAAUAACAACCCAAAUAAUACUAUAACUAACAACAACAAUAACAAUAACAAAAACAAAAACGAUAAUCCUUCAACCAACAAUAAUUUUCAUUUUUUCUCUUGCCCUUUCAUUUUUUCUUAUGACUUAAAACAUAGAUUUAGACCAAUAAUAAUAAGAGAAUGGAAUGAUGAGUUUAACGAUGAUAAAGAAAAAGAAACUAGAACCAAUGAAAAAAUUUCAAAAACUGAAAACGAAAACAAUAAUAAUAACAAUAAUCAAAAUCAAGAUGAUAACGGUGAUAAUGAUGACAACGAAAAGACUGAUCCUUGGCCAAAGCUUUAUGCUUCAACUAAUGGUAGAUCCCCUUUUUUACCGGAUCCCUCUUCCACAUAUUCAAUUAAAAGACAAAAAGAAAGAAAAAGACAAAUGAUCUUAAAAAGAGAAUAUAGACAAAAAUUAGUUCAAGUUAGUAAUUUCGAUUAUAUUCCCUCUACUAUUUUUAGUGAAAUUCUGUCCAAUUUGUCCAACUUCGAUUCAAACAUAGUAACUAUUUUAUCCACUGAAGAUUCAGAAAACUCAAUUUUAAUUCAAAUUCAAAAUCAAAAUCAAAAUCAAAAUUCAGAUAAAAAUGUUAAUUUUCAUCUUAACACUAAUAUUAACCCUAAUAUUGUUUCUGAUUCUAACACAAAUCCAGAUAGUAACUCUGGUGCUAAUUCAAACGCUAAAAUCAACUCAAAUUCUAUUUUAAUUAAAAACAAAAUCUUAUCAAAAACAAAUGAUAAAGUUACAAAUCAAUAUAAUGCUUCAAAUCUUUCUGGAUCAAAUUCAAACAUCUCAAAUAGCUCAAUACCUAGAAAGAGAAGCAGAGAUGAAAACUUAAAAGAAAGUAUUAAAAAUGAACUGAAACAACACAUCAAGCUAACUCCUUCAAAAAUAUCAAAAAUAUCAAACCAAGAUUUAAACUUAACUCAAAAUUUUAAAAAACACUCUUUCUUUGAAAUUGCUGAAUCUGGUGUAAAUCAAUCAACGAGCACUAUAAGAAUCUCAACAAACACUUCAACUCAACAACCUAACACUAAUAAUCCUUAUUCUUAUAAAGUUGGCAAUGGCUUAGGUCCAAAUGUUUCCCAGGUUCAAUCAAAAGAAUUUAAUUCUUUAAAAAGAAAAUUAUUUGAGAAAAAAAGGGUUAAAGAAUUAAAAAAUGAUAAAAAAGCAAUUAAAAAACAGGAAACAAAUAUUUCUAAAGAAAAUAUUUUUAAUCAAAUCAUUCAUAAUAAUAAAUGCAAAAUUGAUAACAACGAUGCGGCUGUUGUAUUAACUAAAGACAACAAAACUGCAGAAGUUAAUAAUCCUAAUGAAAAUAUAGAUUCAAAAGAAAUUAAAAAUAAAACCAAUAAAACCAAUAGUACAAACAACAAAAAUGUUAAUAUUAAUAAUAACAAUAACAAUAAUUCUAAACCUAAUGCUAAAAUAACUAAAACUCAAGGGAAGGGUGGUGGUACUAAUAAGAGAGAUGGAUAUUGUGAAAAUUGUCGAGUUAAAUAUGACGAUUUUGAGGAACAUAUAAGUACUUCAAAUCAUAAAAAAUUUGCUGAAAACGACAAAAAUUUUAAUGAUAUUGAUUCUUUAAUUGAUCAUCUUAGAAGAAAGCAAAUGGUUUUAAUAUAA